GCAAGCACUUGCCUAGCAUCCACAGGUCCUGGGGUUUACUCCUCAGCACUGAGAGCAAGGGAGACCAAAUAUGAAAAUGAAUAUGAGCUUGGCUGCCCAAAAGAUUCAUGGAGGUAGAUGUGGAACCUAAGCAGGCAAGUGGUUUUCUCAGUAAUUCUUGCUGGCUAAGGCUAUUCAGAGCAUCUCCCUACCCUACUCCUGCCCAGUUCCUGUGUGCUUUAAUGGGUGCAGUCUGUAGAAGAGGGUCACAGUAUCACAGCACAGCCCCUGUCCUUCCCCAGGUUCCUGCUUGAAGACCAUUUGGUCACCCUCUUCUGCCUGCUGCCCCCGACACUAGCCCCUCCUCACCAUGCAUUCCUUGGACGAGCCGCUCGACCUGAAGCUGAGCAUCACCAAGCUCCGGGUGGCGAGAGAAAAGCGGGACAGGACACUGGGUGUGGUCCGGCACCGCACUCUGCACAGGGAGCUGGGCCUGGUGGAUGACAGCCCCACACCUGGCUCCCCAGGCUCCCCACCUUCAGGCUUCCUGCUGAACCCCAAGUUCCCUGAGAAGGUGGAUGGACGCUUUUCUGCAGCCCCUCUGGUGGACCUCAGCUUAUCACCGCCAUCUGGACUGGACUCCCCCAAUGGCAGCAGCUCACUGUCCCCUGAGCGCCAGGGCAAUGGGGACUUGCCUCCAAUGCCCACUGCCCCGGACUUCCAGCCACUGCGCUAUCUGGAUGGUGUCCCCAGCUCCUUUCAGUUCUUCCUACCCCUGGGCUCUGGGGGUGCCUUGCACCUGCCUGCUUCUUCUUUCCUCAACGCCCCCAAGGACAAGUGCCUCUCACCAGAGCUGCCCUUACCCAAGCAGCUGGUGUGUCGCUGGGCUAAGUGUAACCAGCUCUUCGAGCUCCUACAAGACCUGGUGGACCAUGUCAAUGACUACCACGUCAAGCCCGAGAAGGAUGCGGGGUACUGCUGCCACUGGGAGGGCUGUGCCCGCCACGGCCGUGGCUUCAAUGCCAGGUACAAGAUGCUCAUCCACAUCCGCACACACACCAAUGAGAAGCCGCACCGCUGCCCAACCUGCAACAAGAGCUUCUCCCGCCUGGAAAACCUGAAGAUCCACAACCGGUCCCACACAGGUGAGAAACCCUACAUCUGCCCCUACGAGGGCUGCAACAAGCGCUACUCCAACUCGAGUGAUCGCUUCAAGCACACUCGCACCCACUAUGUGGACAAGCCCUACUACUGCAAGAUGCCAGGCUGCCAUAAGCGCUACACGGACCCCAGUUCGCUGCGCAAGCACAUCAAAGCCCAUGGACACUUUGUGUCCCAUGAGCAGCAGGAGCUCCUACAGCUGCGCCCACCCCCCAAACCGCCACUGCCUGCCCCUGACAGUGGCCCCUACGUCAGUGGGGCCCAAAUCAUUAUUCCCAACCCUGCUGCCCUCUUUGGAGGUCCCAGUCUACCUGGCCUGCCCCUGCCCCUGGCCCCGGGUCCCCUUGACCUCAGUGCCCUGGCCUGUGGCAAUGGUGGGGGUGGUGGGGGUGGAGGGAGCAUGGGCCCUGGGCUGCCAAGCCCUGUCCUGCCCCUCAAUCUGGCCAAGAACCCGUUGCUGCCCUCCCCGUUUGGGGCUGGUGGACUGGGCUUGCCUGUGGUCUCCCUCCUCACUGGCUCCGCUGGCGGCAAGGCCGAGGGGGAGAAGGGUCAUGGGUUGGUACCUGCCCGGGCCUUGGGCAUGGAGGGCCGCAAGACUCCCCUUGAAAGGACGGAGAGCAGUCGCUCCCGGCCAAGCCCUGACGGACUCUCCCUGCUGCCGGGCACUGUGUUGGACCUGUCCACAGGCGUCAGUUCAGCAGCCAACAGCCCAGAGGCGCUAACCCCGGGCUGGGUGGUCAUCCCGCCAGGCUCUGUGCUGCUCAAACCAGCCGUGGUGAACUGAGCCCAUCUGCCCACCAGCGAUGCAGUGCAGCCAGCAACUCCAGGCCCCUGCCCAGACGAACAGAAACCCUUCUGCGAAACAGCAAUAAUGUUCAUUGCCCUGCGGCCUGCUGGUCUGUGCGCCCCAGGCAGCUGCAGCCUCAGAUGAGGGGGCAGCAGGCAUGGUGCUAGGUCAUUGCUGGCUUUCUGGCUCUCAAGUGAGGACCUGGACUUGCCAUCCAAGGAGAGCAGUGCUCUUGGGUGCUGAGGCCUCACUCACCUCUGGCCCCUUGCCCCAUAGUUUCUGUGACGCCCCCCUCUGCCCAUCCUCCCCUUCAAACCUUCCUGACUUCCUACCCUGGUGCCUCCUUUAUCUUGUGGCUGACCUGCGCAGGUCACUUUCCCUCCCAGUUCUACCCACUGGCCAGCAGAGACUGUUGCCCAAGUCCCAGCAGUGAGGCGUGUAGGGUAGCAUCUACCCUGCCUGCUAGGAUCAGGCUCCCUGGCCACUCCCUUCACCUGAGCCAUAAGGAGGAGUCCCCAGGGAUCAGAGGCCCCAACCCCGCCUAGGCUCACCUACCCCUACCCCAGCUUCUGGACCCCUUUCCCUCUAGCCCAGCCCUCUGGAGGGAGAGCAAGAUAGACGCAGGCCCAGCUAAGCCACAGGAAGACACCACAUUCCCCUCCCGCCGCCUCCCCCUACGACAAGGUGCCUCCCUGACUACUGGAGAAAGGAGGCCUGCUUGGUCAGCUGCCCCCACCCUUUGCCCAGCCUAAAUCAGCACUGACGGAAGGUUGGCCACAUUAAAAAGAGAAGGGUUAGCUGACCACUCACCUGUCCCUGCACCUGGAUCUCUUCCCUCUCUCUCUGGGCACACUGGAAGUACGGGAAGUGGGUCCGAGGGAUCCAGCCCUCUGGCCCAACCUGGGCUUCAUCUUUUUCAACAUAGCUAGACAUAGCUGAGGAAUGCCACCCUGCAGAAGCCUGCAGGGCAUGAUCCAACACUCGGAGAGGGGAGACUGCCUGGGCCACCCCAGGCUGGGAGGCAGCUCCAGGUAUGGGGGUGCCAAACCAUGGCGUUCCUGGGAGGGCCUGAAGAGAUCUGAAGAGGUUGUGGACUGAAGGCCCUGGGCUUGGGGGAGGACAGGCCACCAGGAAUGCUUGCCUGGCCCAUGUUGGGAAAGAGCUGGCUGAAGGGAGGAACCUGGCUUGUGACAGGAUUGCUUCCUUUAGUUUUUCCCAGCUGAGCUCUUUUCCUAGAGGCAGUCUCCCCUCCACUCCGAGCCAGCUUCUCUACAACUUGUGCUCCUCAGAAUAGGGUCUAGCUGUUCUGCAGGAGCUAGGAUAAGUCAAAGACGCUGGAGAUGUAUGCUCCACAGCCCCACCACCCAAUCCCAGGAACCUGGGCCCUGCAACAUACCACCACCACCACCACCACCAGGCCUCUUGCUGCUCCCUUCUCUGCCAGCAACUGGGAGCCCUGCCACUAGACCCCAGAGUGGCCAAGCUCUUCCACCUCCCUGUCUGCAGAACAAAAGAGCUGCUGGGUGGCAGUGAGGUCCUUAGUACCCCUGAAGUUACUCUGAGCAGCUCUGCUGACCCCACUCUUUGCUGGACUGCCCUUCUGCCCCAGAGGGGUCACCCUGAUCUGGCCUGCCUGGAUGCUGGGCCUCCGAACCCAGCCCUGACAGGCUCUGGCCAUGUUAGCUCUGCCCCUUGAAGGGGCUGUGAGCAAAUAGGAAGGAGCUGGUCUCCUUUCUUGGGCCCUAUCCAGGACCCAAGUACACCCCCCACCCCCAAAUCCCUGUCAAGAGUCCCAGGCCUUAAGUCUCUCGUUGGGGGAUUACGGGCUUGAGACUCAAGCCCAGGAGCAGAGGAACAGGGCACUGGAAGGUGACAUUAGCUCAGCAUGUGAUUCUGUGAUAGACCAGGCUUGGAAGGGCCGGUAAACUUUUUGUUGUUGUCAGUUUGUUGUUGCACAUUCCAGGAUAUCAGUAUUUUAACAGGUUCUAAGUGCCUUUCUAUUGUAGCUUAUGUUUUUCCUCCUCUUGGCUCCAUUGCUGUUAGCAUAGAGUUUAAAAAAAGAGAUAAGCUAAUGACUAUAACAAUAUAUUCCUCCAUGUGAGAGGAAGUUUAUAAAGAAUAAAAGUGAGUUGCGAAGAUG